GAGUUCAAAAAAAUAAUACAAAUAUGUACAUCUUCAAGAUAUUGAUCAUAUUUGAAGUAAUAUUUGUGAAGGAAAUAAAUAGUACAGUUUUGACGGAUAUAGCUGUGAGUGUUGCACAUUCGGUCUUCUACAAUGACAGGAUAACAGCCGUGAUUUGGUGUCAUAACAACUGCGAUGAUGUCACAAUAUUUUUAUCAAAAUUUCAUGGAGUCACAUAUUGUGCAUCAUUUUGGAAUAUGACUGAUGGAAAUAUACGUGAGAUGAAAAUUGUUCUUGAUUAUAGGCAAGUCGUGCUUUUCACAUCAAAAUCCAAUGAAUUUGAAGCUUACCUUAAAUUAAUUUAUGAAGUUAUGGUUGUGUCCAUACGGAUAAUAGUAGUGGCCAAUAAAGACGUAACAAACCUGAGGGAAAUUAUGAAUAUUGCUUGGAAGUACGAUAUCGCUGAUAUUUUUUUUCUAACUAUGAAGGAUAACAAAGGAAGAAUAUUUACAUAUUUUCCAUAUAGCAAUGGAAUUUGUGGAAAUACGAAUCCCGUAUUAUUAAACAAAAUAACAGAUGUAAAAGAGGCACUGACAAAUAAAUUUAAAAAUUUUCAGGGCUGUUCUAUCAAAUUUACUUUAAUAUAUUAUGAACCAUAUAUUCAAUAUGAUGUAGUAAAUGGAACAGCCGUGUCUAUUACUGGUCUAGAAGCUCAAAUACCUUUUUUCCUAGGUUAUAUACUGAAUUCUAGUUUGGAGUUUACACAUAUGUCUUUAGAUGUAAAUAUAGGAUCUGUUACUAAUACUAAAUUUUUUCUAAAUCUCUUACAAAAAAAAAGUGACAUAGUAGUACCUCCUACUUUAUUGAACCUAGAAAGAUAUAAAAAAGCACAAAUAUCCAUAGUAUACAAAUAUGUAGAGCUAUCUUGGAUGAGACCACCGCAAAGAAGAAUUAAAACGUGGGUUAAGAUUUUACAUUCUUUUUUUAAUAACUCAGUUAUCCUAUUUUUCUGUGUAACAUUUUUUAUAUUUGUAUCAGUAACAAAACUUAUUACGAAAUAUAAUACACUAAGGAUUAAGUAUAAGAGCGAUAUUUUGAUCAACACUUAUUCUAUUUUUAUAGGGCAAGAAACCAAAUUUGAAACAAAAAUAAUUUUAGUUAAUAGUCUAUUCAUUAUGUGGGUUUGGUUCUGUAUCAUAUUGCGCCUGGUCAUACAAGGAGAUUUAACAAGCGGCUUACAAAAUAUAUAUUUAGAACCUCCCUGGACAUCGAUGCAUUAUGCGAUAAAAAAUGUCGACGGUUAUGGAGGGGGGCUAAUGUUUAAAAAUGUAUUUGAGGGUACCGAACUAGAAAAUGAUUAUAAGGUGGUUAAUGCAUACGACGCUGAUAUCAAUGUAAGAAAUGUUGCGAAAGGACAAAGGUUUAUUUUAUUAACAGAUAAAACAGCAGUUAAUUUGUUCUUGUUAGGAACAAAUGUUCAGUACAUUGGUCCACCAGUUAUUACUAUACCUUCCUGCAUGUACAUAAGGCCGGGUUGGCCAGCUGCUGAAAGAAUUAUAAAUCUCAUACAAAAAAUGGUGGAAGUAGGAUUUAUUGCAAAAGCUUCCAAGGAUAUUUUACAUACUAAUAUGAUAAAGUUGAACAACAGUGAUAUUCUUCACAGCAACAAUGAUCCUCAGCCACUAAGUUUGGAUGACUUUAGAGGAUUCAUAUAUAUAUUACUCUUUCUACUGUGUUUAUGCUUCGUAAUAUUUAUUAUCGAAGUUUUAUAUUAUAAUAUUCAUGCAAAGCAUGUUAAUUUGUGAAUUAGAUUUCACACACGUUUAAAGAAUUUGACAUAACAUGUAGUUAGGCACAAACUAAUAUCGGAACUCUGUUGAUGAAUUGUGCAGCAGUAUGUGAGAAGGUGAGAUGUAUUAUCGAAAAAAAAAUUGUUGAUAAGUCGACAGAUAAUCCCAAAUUUUUUUAAUCGCGUUAAAUCCCGAUUAUGUAUUUACAAUAUGUGUAAACAACGCGAAAACUUAAAAUUAA